GGGAAAAGCUUCAAUCGGAGCUCUGCCCUUAUCAGACAUCAGACAAUCCAUACGGGUGAGAAACCUUAUGAAUGCUCUGAGUGUGGGAAAUGCUUCAUCGAUAGUUCAGCCCUCAUCUCACAUCAGCGAAUCCACACAGGAGAAGCGCCCCACACAUGCUCAGAGUGCGGGAAAAUCUUUAGUUGGAGCUCACACCUUAUCAGACAUCAGAGAAUCCACACAGGAGAGAAGCCCUACACAUGCUCAGAGUGUGGGAAAAGCUUUAGUCGGCGCUCUGCCCUUAUCACACAUCAGAGAAUCCACACGGGGGAGACGCCCUACACAUGCUCAGAGUGUGGAAAAAGCUUUAGUCGGCGCUCACACUUUAUCAGACAUCGUAGAAUCCACACAGGAGAGAAGCCCUACGCGUGCUCUGAGUGUGGGAAAAGCUUUGGGCUGCGCUGUCACCUUAUCACACAUCAGAGAGUCCACACAGGACAGACGCCUUACAUGUGCUCUGAGUGCGGGAAAAGCUUUAGUCAGAGCUCAGACCUUAUCAGACAUCGUAGAAUCCACACAGGAGAGAAGCCCUACACAUGCUCAGAGUGUGGAAAAAGCUUCAGGCGGCGCUCUCACCUUAUCACACAUCAGAGAGUCCACACAGGACAGACACCUUACAUAAUCCACACAGAAGAGAAGCCCUACACAUGCUCAGAGUGUGGAAAAAGCUUUAGUCAGAGCUCAGACCUUAUCAGACAUCAGAGAAUCCACACAGGAGAGAAGCCCUACACGUGCUCUGAGUGUGGGAAAAGCUUCAAUCAUCGCUCUGCCCUUAUCACACAUCAGAGAAUCCACACAGGACAGACGCCUUACAUGUGCACUGAGUGUGGGAAAAGCUUUAGUCAGAUCUCAGACCUUAUCAGACAUCGUAGAAUCCACACAGAAGAGAAGCGCUACACAUGCUCAGAGUGUGGAAAAAGCUUUAGUCAGAGCUCAGACCUUAUCAGACAUCAGAGAAUCCACACAGGA